CAGCCUAUAUCCUGCCGUGCGGCAGUAGCCUGGGAGGCUGGUAAACCACUUACAAUAGAAACAGUUGAAGUGGCACCACCCAAAGCUGGUGAGGUACGCAUCAAGAUUAUAGCUACUGGUGUCUGUCACACAGACAGUCACACUCUUAGUGGCAAUGACUCUGAGGGAAAGUUUCCUGUUAUUCUUGGACAUGAAGGAGGCGGCACUGUUGAAAGUGUAGGAGAAGGAGUAACAAGAGUUAAACCUGGUAAGUCCUGUGGAAAGUUUGAUUCAUCUCUUGAAACUGUAUUUGAGUAUAGUCAAACCUCCAUGUGCGACCUCCCCUUGUAAGCGACCAUCUCCCAUUAGCGACCAGUUCUUGAAAACACCAAAACUUUACCAGUCGAAAUCUUAUAGCUGGAACCUCUUACAAAUGACCACCUCCUGUAAGAGAUCUGCAAUCACCUUUUGGGCUGACGGGCUAAUUUUUUAGCUGCCCCUAAAAUUUUACCAGGAUUUGAGAAUGCGCUAUGAUUGGCCUGUGGUCGAUUUGUCAUUCAGGUUGAAAGGAAAUUCUAAAUGCACUUGUAGUCAUUUUAUUGGGUCUGAAGGGGGUUGUGGGGGGGGGGGUUCAGAGCAAGGAUCUUGGCACUGAUUUACAGACAUCACUGCCUGGAGCUAGACUGCAUCUAUGAUGCAGCAGGAAAGCAGAGUCAAGAGUUAUAAUGACAUUUCAUGAUGCCAUUUUUUGGGCAGGUGACCAUGUUAUUCCACUUUAUAUCCCUCAAUGUGGAAAAUGCAAGUUUUGUAAAAGCCCCAAGACUAACCUUUGCAGUACAAUAAGGUAAAUACCAUCUUUAAUUUGCAUGUGUAUAUCAAUUAUUGUCUGCAAACUCAGGCUACGUUAAUAUAUUCACCUGGUACCGGGCAGAUUUUUGACAGGUUUAAAAGUUUAACUGGACAGGUCGUUCACACAGGACUAUUAAAUAUUUGGGCUCUGUUCGCAUGGAACUUUGAAUGGCUAGGCAUCUAACUUUUUGUCCGGUUAAGGUGGUACCAUUUAAGUGGGACACCUAGAUGUAAAUGCAUGAAUUUUCUACCGGUUGAACAUUCAUCCAGUGCCAAUAGCCUCAGUGGGAAGAGUGGGUUAUCAUGAUUAUGUUUUAUAAAAAUAUUAUAAUAGGAGGGAAGGGGAAUGGGGUUCCUGUGUAUGGGGUUUUCUUGAAUUUUAAUUUUAAGAAGUCAUAAAUACAUCUAUAUUUACUUGUCCUUAUGGCAGAUCAACUCAAGGUCAAGGAGUAAUGCCUGAUGGAACUUCACGAUUCACAUGCAAGGGUCAAACUGUGUACCAUUUUAUGGGUACAAGCACAUUCAGUGAGUACACUGUUGUUGCUGAGAUUUCAGUUUGCAAGGUAAUGGUUGUGACAUUUUUCUUAUAUCAAUAAUUUUAUUUAUUUGGUAUAAUGUAGCUAUAAUUUUUUUCGAGACUUUAUGAGUGUCACUGCAUUUUUUUUUUUGACAAAAUAAUAACCUUCAAGCUGACUGACAGCAUUUGUCACUUUUGCAUUGAAAUUGCACUUUAGAAACCCAUUCGGCCAUUGCUUUGAUUUUAUUGUUUUUGUGUUAUUUAAGAAUUUUACUGUUGUUUCUUUAUUUAAAAUACUGUUACAUAACUUGCAUUCCAGGUUGAUGAUAAUGCGCCACUUGAAAAAGUUUGUCUUCUUGGUUGUGGUAUUUCGACUGGAUAUGGUGCAGCACUUAACACAGCGAAGGUACUGAUUCAAGAUAUCUUAUAAUUCCAAUGGAUCCCAGCAAAUAUUUUAAUGCAUCAACUGUGCAUGUUCUUUUGGUUGUAUUGAGACAGUGCUGUUGGGAUAAACAUCUGAUAUGAAAAUAUUUCCCAGUUUAAGUCAGGCUGUGUCUGCCAUGAGUAUCUUUUCUCCAAUUUUGCAAAAAAGAACAGAUUUAUAAUUGAAUAAGUCCUAUCCUGUCCCUGUCUGCAUGUAAAUAACUAUAGAUACGAAAAUUGGUACAAAUUAAAGUGGUUACCUGGAAUAUUUCAGUCCUCAAAAUACUGGAUUUGAUACAUUUUUAAUGGUUAAGUGCAGCUUAACCUACAGUAUGCCCAUCAGAGUUGACGUUAGGCCCGAUUCAGACCCCAAACUUUUCGUGAGCCGAACCUAAUUCGAAUUAAGGCCGACCCAAAUUAUUGAGAAUGGCUGAAUUGAUUCAGACGCCGAUCUUAAUUGCAGCUGAACUAAAUCCAAAUAAAGGAGAAAAGUGCUUAUUUUGGUCAAACUGCUUACAAUAAUAUAUGCUUAUAAUAAUGUAAUAAUUAUAUAAUUAUAAUAAUUUAUACAUUAGGUUCGGUACAUAAAAAGUUCGGCGUUUGAAUCAAAGCCGUUCCAAAGUCACUCCAAAGACGAAAUUCCUGGCCUGGCUAAGUGAAAAGAAAGGCUGAGCCGGGCGUUCCAAAUUGAAACAGGUGUUCCAGAUGCCAAACUUUUCAUGUUCUUAAUUCAAUGUAUAGUUUCAGCUCAUGAAAAGUUCAGCGUCUGAACCAGGCCUUACUGUUUCUGUCUUGCACAGGUAGAGGCUGGUUCUACGACUGCUGUUUGGGGACUGGGAGCUGUUGGACUAGCGACAGUAAUGGGCUGUAAGACUGCAGGGGCCUCAAGGAUUAUUGGGAUAGAUAUCAACCCUGAUAAAUUCCCUGUGGGUAAGUGUUGCUAAAUCAUUGUUCAAAGCACCCCUUGGCCUUUUUUGUUGAGAGUUAAAAAUCUGACUUAUCAUAGUACUGGUACACCAUUUUAUGCAGCUGCAUGGGUUACUGUUUUCUUUCCAUCAUAUUCAUACAAUUCAUUUUGGAUUAGCUGAAUGAGGCCUGUCAUAUGUACUCAUAAGGUAAGGCCUGGUUGGUUUUUUAUCCAUUCAAUAUUAAAUUUUGCUUGCAUUUUUUUUUUACUUUUGUUUUUAACAGCUAAAGAAUUUGGCUGUACAGAAUUUGUCAAUCCAAAGGACCAUGAAAAACCCAUUCAGCAGGUCUGGGAAGAUUGGUUUUUGCUUUUUGUUAAACAUUAAUGUUUGAAAUGUUGAAGAGAUUGAGUGAAAUGAGGAUACCGUAAAAUUCUGAAAAUAAGCCCUGGGGCUUAUAUUUUUCAAAGGCCCUUUUUGAGGGGCUUAUCUACGGAGGGAAAUUUGUAUUUCAAAAUCGAUUGGGCUACCCUUAUAGUUGGAAGAAAAUUUGCUGUUUUCGCUUUGUUUUACUUUGUAUUUGAGGGCAAUUUUCCAAGUACAAUCCUCCGGGGGGCUUAAAUUUGGAAGGGCGAUUUAACGGAAGGUUUAUUGCAUUACCGGUUUGGGGGGCUUAUACAUGGAUGGGCUUAUUUUCGGAAUUUUGCGGUAUACUAGUUGUUGGGAAGUACAGGUUACGGGGUUAUCAUGACUGGGGGACUUUUUUGUGGGUAUUUACAGUCAUCCCAAGAGAAAUUGAAGACAUUAAUGCUUAUCCAAAAUUUUGGGGGGCAAAGAAGGUAUAUUACGGGAGAUGUGCAAGUGGCAGAUUUAUAAAAGAAAUUGCAAAGGCCCAAGACUACAUGUGUUAAAUGUCCUGUAAUGCAUAUGUAGAUAUGGUUAUUUUGUUCUAUAAGGUCCUCAUAGAAAUGACUGAUGGAGGCCUGGACUAUACAUUUGAGUGCAUUGGAAAUGUCAAAACAAUGGUAUGAACAACUGUAUACGUAUAUGCACAUACACACUUUAUGUCUUAUAAAUGUGGUACAUAGUUAUUAUUUAUUUUUGUAUUAAGCCAACCUGGAAACAGGUUUUUGUAAAUAGAAUCGUUCUUGUAAGUCUUGUUUGAAGGGGUGGGGCAUUUUAAGUGUCUCCACAAAUCCCUCUCUGUUGACCAAGAAGUACCCUCCAUUGAUUAUUAUGGACAUGUUUGGGAAUAAUGUAUUGUAGCAAGUAAGGAUGGCUUAGGACAAGAGGAAUUUUAUGUGUAUUACAAAUGACAAAUGAACAAUUCGGCCGAGAUAUAAGAACCAUGAUUUCCCCUGCUGCCUUAGAAUACUGACAUGGAUGCUGUGUUUUUAAGCGAGCUGCUUUGGAAGCCUGUCACAAAGGAUGGGGAACAUCUGUCAUUAUUGGAGUUGCUGGAGCAGGACAGGAGAUAUCCACAAGGCCUUUCCAACUUGUGACUGGAAGAGUCUGGAAAGGAACUGCAUUUGGAGGUUCAAAUUAUCAAUUUACUCUUCGACUCCCUUAAUUUCCUAAUUAUUCAGGGAUGCUUAGGUCUACAUUGUAAUUUGUUGUUUAGCAUAAUAAGGUCUGAGAAACGAAGUUAUAUAAUUUUAAUGCCAUGUUUCAUGCGAGGAAAUCUCAUUAGGAUACUGUAAAAUCCCGAAAAUAAGCCCCUCCAUGUAUAAGACCCUCCAAAUACAAGCCCCCCAAACUCGUAACGCAAAAAACCCUCCGUUAAAUCACCCCUCCAAGUAUAAGCCCCCCGGGGCUUGUACUUGGAAAAUUGUCCUCAAAUACAAAGUAAAACAAAGCAAAAAUGGUAAAUUUACUUCUAACUAUAGGGUUAGCCUAAUCGAUUUUGAAACGCAAAUUUCCCUCUGUAGAUAAGCCCCUCCGAAUAUAAGUGCCUCCAAAAAUAAGCCCCUCAAAAAGGCCCUUUGAAAAAUAUAAGCCGCGGGGCUUAUUUUCGGAAUUUUACGGUAUCUCAAGUAUUUUCUACCUUGUCACUGUGUGCCUCACUGUCUCCAUAACAUAACUAAACAAAGCCCUAUGUUAUGGUUGUACAUUACCCCCAGACAGUUCAUUAUCUUUAAGAGCCGAGCCUUGUGAAAGACUUGCUCUUAUCUAUUUCCUUUACAUCCCGAAAUUUCAAGGCAUUACAAAAUUUAUUAUCAGGAAGAAUAAAGAGCAGUGAAAUCCAGAUUGCAAUUUGUUGAAAGUGAAAAAACUAGUAGAAAAUUCAGAACAGUUUGGGUGCAUGUUUUAGUUAACACAUCUGUGUGCAUUGAUGCUAACUGACAAACAAGGGUACGUGUUAUAGUGACAAGAAAGUCACAGCGAGGCUGGAAACACACAUUUAGCUCACGUUGAUGGGAUUGACAAAACACCUUCAAAUAGUUUUAAACCGACUUUUGAUCUCUUUCAUAUCUCCAUUCUGCCUUUUUGCUUUUUGAUGAAAGGCCAUGGAAGUUAGAUUAUCCUUUAGACAAUAUUUAGACUUAGAGAAGCUUCAAUCGACUUUAGUCCGAUGCAGUUAUUGUAACAAAGUCGACGAAGUGUUUCGGAGCCUUACUAGUGUUGAGCAUUUGGGGCUCGUCCUCGUAGAGCAUCCGCUGUAUAACUUCUUGGAUCGUGUAUUGAAACAGUAAACAGUAAUAGACCGAGUAUUAAGCCCUGGGGAACACUAAAAACUAUUUACUUGUAAUGACAGGCUGGAAGAGUUGCGACAGCGUUCCCAAACUCGUGGAAGAUUACUUGGCAGGCAAAGUUAAGGUGGAUGAGUUUAUCACUCACACGAUGCCACUGGAUAAAAUUAAUGAAGCUUUUGAUCUCAUGCAUGCUGGGAAAAGGUUUGAUCAUACAGUAGAUGUUAAAUCGUGA